UGAAAGAAGACUGUGUCAUUGGAGGUCAUGCACUUUAUUUUUAAUGGUAUUUACUGUGUUGUCUUUAAUUAUUGUUAGAAGUUUGUUAAGGAACAUAUUAAAUUAAAACUUCUUAAUGAUUGUGCCUGUAGUGAUAUAUACGAUUCUAACGUGACUUAUAUUAUUUCAGGUUUAUAAAAACAAAACGUAGCAAUGGCAGAUCAAUUCUGUUUACGUUGGAACAAUUUUCAAACAAAUAUUGUAAGUGCAUUAGAUUCGCUAAAGUGCUCCGAGGAUCUCGUCGAUGUAACACUUACAUGUGAAGGCAGAAAUAUCAAGGCUCAUAAAGUAAUACUGUCAGCGUGCAGCCCGUACUUUAGGAAUGUGUUCAAGGAGAACCCUUGUCAGCAUCCUGUUAUAAUUUUGAAAGAUGUAUCAGCUGAUGAUAUUCUUAGCUUGUUGUCCUACAUGUACCAAGGAGAAGUUUUCAUUGAGGAGAGCAAAUUGUCAUCAUUUUUACAUACUGCUGCAUUAUUACAAAUAAAAGGCUUAACUGGUGUUACUCAACAGAAUGAAACAUUUACAAGUUCAAGUGCUACAAAUAAACUUUACACACAGUUGACAAUCUACUCAAAAUCCCAUGGAGGUGCGACUCACAAGGAAACAAGGAUGCCAGCGUUAAAAAAGAGAAGAAGUAGCACAUCAGACAAACCAAAUGAUACUGCAACUGUGGAGAAUUACAAGAGGAGUAAGAUCUUGGAACCAUGUGAGAUAUAUAACAGGAAUAAUGGUCAUCAGUUGAAAUUGGACAACCCCAUAUUUGGCACUAAUAACAUUGGUGAAAAAAAAACGGACACUGUUAAUGAUUAUUCUGCGAUUAGCAAUGGAAAAAGUACUACACAGACCCAAGAAGAAGUUCCUGUGGUUGUAAAAACAGAAUGGAAUGAAGAUAACAAUUCACCAAACCCAGCUCCUGCCAGUUCCGACAAUGAUGAUAGCCUCCCCGAUUAUGAGAAUAGUAUGCUGGCGAGAUCAUUACUAUCGGGUAUUAAUCCGUCAAAAAGUGAUGCAUGUCAAAAAAAAGUCCCAAUCGCUGAAGUACACAACGCAAACAGAAACAAAGACACUAAUUCCGAAUCAGUUACCUACACUAACAAUGUUAACAAAAGUCCAACGAAAUCUGCCACUGAAGAGUCAAUUGUGAAAUUGGAAAAACCGUCACCAAAAUCAGAUGUUGAUUAUGAACCAGAAGUAUUACUGUCGGAGCAGCAAGAUGGCGCUGAUUCAGAGAAUACUUAUACUUCAGAACAAUCGCAAGCAUUACUUCUACUAGCAGGGAUGUCCACUGUUCCGAUUAUGAACUCUGGUGCUUCCACAUCUCAAAACUCCCACCAACAAUCCAAUCAUGCAGCUAUAUGUGGAGAUUGUCCACACUGCGGAAUGAAGUAUUCGAACCAAUCGGCCCUGAAAUAUCAUGUGAGAUUAAUGCACUCAGACCUUACUAACAGGCUGUGUUGCUAUCUGUGUCCAAGGUCAUUCACAAUGCGGGAGACUUUUAAAGAACACAUGUGGACGAGCCACGGACAACGAAAUUAGUUACCAAGUAUUGUGGUGCCUUAAACAAGUUCCUUGCCAAUGGAGUUGAAAAUAUUAUGAAAAGAUUGGAUAAAUGUGCCUUAAAAUUAAAUUUUUAGUAUACAAAUUGUUAGGAAAAUUUAUGAAAUAUAUUUGUUAUUAUUUAUACAUUAUUAUAAUACAACUCGAAUGGCUUCCAAGUUAGCUAGAUGUGAGAUCUCUUAAUGUAAAAUUUACUAUAUUUGAUUUAUUCUACAUUGGAUGGAGGAAAAUUAAUUUAAGGGAUAUAAGGUGUCUACUAGUACUUCAUAAAAAUUACAACAUUGGGCUUUAAGUAGAAAAAUUCAAUAGAUCAAUAAUGUUUUUAUAGAAAUUUAUAACAUAAAUCUCGAAGUGCCUUAUAGUGAUUUUGUGUCAAAUUAUUAUACAAAAUUGUACAAAUUUGAUUGGUUGGAAAUUGUGAGGUGUCUAAUUUAUUUACACAUUAUUAUUAUAUAUUAUGGAUAUAAGUUUUACUAUACGAGUGAAAGCUGAAGACAAAAUUCUUGUAAGUAAUUAGCUUGUUGGUUGUUUUAAUUGUUUAUAAUUAAAGAAACUGGACAAUUUUAGAAAGUGAAUGAGCCCUAGUUCCCUAUUGUAUGAUUUUUAAUUUUAUGACUUAAAGUCGCUACUUGUUACAUACAUUUAUUUAUUAAGAGAUUAAAUAUAUAGUACAAUAUUACCGUGUAGUUUUCAGUAUUAGAAAAUAUUUGAAAUUGUUGUUUUGGAUGUUGCAUAUUGUUGAAAAUACCUAUUUAUAAAUACCUAACUUAUAAAUUUUAUCAGUAUUUAUAUUAGGCGGUAAAAAUUAAAUAUACUAAUUUUAUAAUUUAAGAAAUUGUUAUGGAGGUCGGAUACGAGAAAAAUUACGUGUUGUUGGUACAAAGUGUCCUUUGUAUAUUUCGUAAAGUUUUUUUUUCUUGUUUAAAUUUGUGUCAACUACACAAGUUAGAAUGGGUGGUGCCAAAAGGACCAGUCUAGUGAGCUGCAGAAUAAAAUAGUAUGUCACUUUUUGUGUGAUUUAUAUUGGUAGUGUACCCGGAUAGAUAUAAUUGAAAUAUAUACAAUUUUAUUUUAUUUUUAGUCUAAUUAUGUAAGUAAGUUACCAAUUCGUUAUAUUAUUAUUUUCCAACCAUCUUAUUACUAUGUUGUAGUUAUAAAUCAUAUUGUGUUAUUUGUUAUCCAUACACUAUACCAUAAAGUUUAUAUUAUAUUAGUAUGUGUGGAAUGCCAA